AUGACUCUGCUGUCCAGCUUCCCCUGCUGCUUGCUCACUCUGCUCAACUCCUUCUUCUAUCAGGCGGUGAGACAGCACUUCUCCACCAGGAUAUCGGAGAUGGUGCGGAUAGCGGGCAGCCUGGUCUUCAUCCUCGUCCUCUUCAUCCUCACUGCCAUCCUGGUCAAGAUCCCCAUGGAGGAGGACCGCUUCUUCUCUGUUACCAUGGCUACCAUCUGGUUCAUCAACUCGUUUGGAGCGGUGUUACAGGGCAGUCUGUUUGGCCUGGUGGGCUUGCUGCCUCAGAGGUACAGCGCUGUGUUUAUGAGUGGCCAGGGGCUGGCCGGCACCUUCGCCGCUCUCGCCAUGCUGGUYUCCAUAGCCAGUGACACAGACCUUGAGACGGCUGCGUUGGGUUACUUCAUCACUCCUUGUGUAGGAACCCUGCUCACUCUCCUCAGCUACCUCCUCCUGCCUCGCCUGGAGUUUGCCCGGUUCUACUUGGACAAGAGCAGGAGCUAUGAGGUGGAGACCACAGACGAGCUGCUGAAAGAGAGUGGCACGGAGCAGAACGGCAAGCUGAAUGGCAAGGCCAACGGCUCAUUGGCCAAUGGUGAUGCCAGCGGCGAGGAGGUGGAGGUAGAGGGGGGCAGUCCUAAGCAUAACUUCCUACCCCUGGAGCAGGCUGAGGACAGGGACCGGAAGUCCACCGUCAUGGAGGUGUUUAAAAAGAUAUGGGUGAUGGCGUUCUGUGUGGUUUUUGUCUUCACCGUCACCCUCGCUGUGUUUCCUGCCAUCACUGUGGACGUCAAAACCAUAUACCCUGGGAAAUGGGAGUCCUAUUUUAUCUCAGUGUGUUGCUUCCUCAUCUUCAACGUGUGUGACUGGAUCGGUAGAACCGUUACCAGCCUGUUCCAAUGGCCUCCCAAGGAGAGUCGUCUGUUCCCGGUGCUGGUGGUCUCCAGGGUGGUGUUUGUUCCCCUGCUGAUGUUCUGUAACGUUCAGAGCCGCUCCUACCUCCCCGUCCUCUUCUCCCACGACGCUGCCUUCGCCUUCAUCAUGAUGCUCUUCUCCCUCUCCAGCGGCUACUGCGUCUGCCUGUCAAUGUCCUACGCCCCACAGCUGGUGGCGUCCAAAGAUGCAGAGACGGCCGGGGCCCUGAUGACUUUCUUCCUGGGCCUGGGCCUCUCCAUCGGGGCUGGCCUUUCUUUCCUGCUGCGUCUACUGRUCUAGACAGGCACACCAGAGGGACCACCACCAUCCGUCACCAGUCCCUGUUGUUUCGAACGACAGGCGCCUCUGCAUGGCCAUUCAUAAAUUGAGCGACCACUGCUACCAAAUGCCAUUUUUAUACCUAGAAGGACCUAGGCUGGGAAUAGAGAGCUGCCUGCAUAUAAAGCCUGUAUCAAAAUGAAUUUAGUACUAACCACAAUAGAUAUUAUACAAGCGAUUUGAGUGUUACCUCUCCAUCUGCCACAUUCAUACGCUAUACUCACUGAAAUAACUGCAAGAAUGGCCUUAAGAGCCGACUUUAAGGGAAUAAUUCUAUAUGAAUGCUUGCUACCUACUUCACAAGUGGUUUACAGUGAUAAGAAGACAUCACUGGUUGCCUCUCGGAAUAAUGGCCACAGUCAGUGCCAGACCGCUCUAAACUUGGGUCGUUUUCGUUAUUUUUGAGUUGGACCAUUUUUAAAAGAUUUUGAAGGGAAAAAAUUGUAUUAAGUUAUUCGUUUUCUUAGCUUUAGAGCUUUUUAUGUAAGGCAUUAACUUUAGUCAAGUACUGUAGCUGUGUGAGUUUUUGGAGAGCUAAUGUAUUGUUACRCUAAGUAGUCCCAUUUAUUAUAAUCCUGCCUAGAAACGACAGAGCAAAUCAUACGAUUACUGUCUCUGAAGUUGAUUUACUUAUUCUUUUCGACAAAGUAUUUGAUUUGAUUUAAAACUUAUGUUUCGGUUUUGAUAUCAUGACGAUAUGAAAUAGAACAUUGUUUUACCACGGAAGAGCAAUGAAAUCAUUUUUUGUAUAUUCAGUUUGGUUACAGCUAGGUCUCUUCAUUAUUGUUAUUUACACAUCAGAACAGAGUUACCAUAUUACACAGAAAACAUGGACAUUAGUCUGUAGACAUCAGCACAUUCCUAACUUUUUAGCCCAUUGGAGUGGAGAGGUACCACCUAUGGCGUGUUCAGUAGAGUAAAACCGAUGUCAUGUACAGAAAAAACCCUAUUCACCAUUCCACAUCAGAUUAUCGUGUCUGCUCAGUUAUGUUACCUUUCUAUCUGUGACUCAUCGUUUCAACCACCUGACCUAGGUGUCACAGUCAUCCGAUUGCCCUGUGUCUGACUCACUUCCUGUUUACGUGAGGAUAAUGGCCCAAUAGGACUGGUUUUAGAAACCAGAUAUGUUCAUUGAUAGGACCACUCCAGUCCCCUGUUAGCCAAGCAGCUUCUGGGAGCCUAACCAUAUUCCUAACCCAUUCAUGUCCUCUGUUAGCAUCGAGUCUGACCUUAACACCAUUCCGCUUGGCCAACCUACCUAGUCACUUUGUUUAAAUAGAGAUUUUGCCUUAGGUGUGGUGUGCACAAAGGCGUGCUGUUCCAGCUUUCUCAAAAAGGAARAAACCUAGGCUUCAUGCUUUGUCGUAAGCAGGGUGUGUUUGUCUCGAUGUAAUUAAAUGUUUCACUUCUGACAAUGACCACGAAAAAGUGGCAGCUAUUCUGUAGUGUCGAUGAGGUGAAUUGGUUGGAUUUAAAGUAACAGUUUUGUUUCGCUGUUGGUCAUUUACUAGAGUAACCUAUUUUGAAGUAGGAUCACAAACUAGAAUGGCUGCUAGCUGUCAUUGUUUGAGGAGUUAGCGCUGGGCAAGGUGUCUGUAUCUGCCAAUCUUUGAGCUUCAUACUUCAUAGAGUGUCACACACAGUGGGAGUACUAGCUAAACUGCAUUACAGUAGGCCAUUAUAGGGCCUUUACGACAUUACCAUAACACUAAAUCACAAUUCGAGACACAAUUCUCUGCCGAUUUUCAUUUCAUGAAUGUGUCAUGGCCACGAUGACUGACUUGGAGUCAGAUUUGACAUUUUUAAAAUGCCACUAUAAAGAGUGCCAUGAACACAAUAAAUGACAACAAAUCACCUUAUUUUCUAAAACUGGGCUGUCAAGCUAGAGAUUUUUAGGACUAUAAAUGUAUUUAUUUUUGCCCAUUUCCAAUUUUGUUCUACGAAUGAACGCAAUGAUUAGAACCUUACAAACUACUGCAUGAACCAUGUUGUGUGUGUUUGCUCUUUUUAGUUUUUUAGACUUUCUCCAUUACUCUUAUUUUAUUCUCCAUUGUUUUAUUGUUUAAUGCUCCGGAACUUGUGACUUCUAAGUCUUUUUUUAACGUUCCACUUUGGGUUGUGUCAAGGUGUAAUUUAUACAUGUGUAGUCUAUGAGCAGAAUUACUGUCUUACCUCAAUUAGCAACAAAAUCCCUAGUUUGAAAGCCUCUUUUUCGAGAAGCUGUUUCAUUUUCCCGACAUUUUCCCCCACUUUGGGCCACCCUAGCAAUUCGAGUUAUAGCCAAUGAGCUUCAGCGCCCUCGCCAUUUGAGUGACAGCUAGCAAGAUGCACACACAGCAGAGGGAGAGCCAUGACGUGGUGCACAUAUCUGCACGUGAUGUAGUGUGCAAUUUUCUAGGAACCACUUUUGGCUCAUGAGCGCUACUUUCACAACUACUAGCUAAAAGGUAUACAAAAGUACCGGAGAAUCUCUUUAUUCUAAUUUCCCUCUCAUGAAAUCUUUGCUUUUGAUUUGAUCAAGGUGUAUGAGUGAGUUUUCGGAAUGGAGUGAACUAAGUCAUAAACGAGGUACCUGUGCAUAAAGUGUUGUUGAGUGAAACAGCCGUUUGGUUUCAAAAGGGCUGGAUGAAGGGCUGAUGAGGACAAUGGCCCUGUUUGAAUACACCCCAAUUCUCCACCCUUCGCCCAAAGUGUGCACUUUCUUGCAUUGACGUUAACAAUAGUGGAAAGUGGAAACUCCCUCCAAGCAAUGCUUUUAAAUCCAUGGCGAGGAGUGUGCACACUUCAGGAAAAUGGUGGAGAAUCGGAACCAUUACUAUGACUUAUUUCUGUCAGGAGUCAGGACUCUGGGUCAUGACCUUGUCUGAAUGAUUUAACAUGGGAUUGUCGUCACAGUGAGGUCGUAUACUGUAGAUCACCGUUGACAGCCUAGAGUUGCGUAAUAACACAUUACUUGAGUAGGAAAGACUGAAAUAUAGCAAAGGCCAAGAGUCCGACAUACUUUUGAACAACCUCUUUUUAGGGAGCGAUACCAGAUCGAGGCAAUAGCGAUUCAAUUAUUAGUUGUAAGAUAGUGAAAUAAUAGCUGUUGUAAAAGUACUUUAGGCACUAAGCCUUAACAUGGUUUUUGAGACCCUGGUUAUGAGAAGAGAGUUUUUUCACGAAUAUAAAUGCCAUUGUUACAUACAUGUUACUGUACAGUGUUUUAAUACAAUUUCAGCUUUGUUUUAUGGAACCACAAUCAUGCCAAUCAGUUUUAGGUUGUGGCUGUGAGCAGGGAUUUGAUCUGUCAGGAUCGUACUGUAUGAUUGUGCAACAGACAUUUAACAUGCGCUACUACAGCGAAGGGAAUCAUGGCUAUGUCUAUGUACAUGUUUUGCGUCGUUAUUCUGUGUUGAGGAAUUUGACUUUCUGUUGUAAUAGUUUUUGAUGACAUUAAAUGGAUUGUUUUUAGA